AUGGAAGACUCUAACCAUACUGGGGUUUCUCAGUUUAUUUUUCAGGGACUUUGUACCACAAGGGAACUUGAGAUCUUCCUCUUACUACCGUUUUCCACCCUCUACCUGAUGACAAUAGUAGGCAACCUCUUUGUAGUGAUAUUGAUAAUCAUUGAUCAUCAUCUCCAUUCUCCCAUGUACUUUCUGUUAGCUAAUCUCUCAUUUGUAGAUUUCUGCCUUUCUUCAGUAAAUACACCCAAACUGGCCAUAGAUCUACUAAAAGAAAAUAAAACCAUUUCCUUUGGGGGCUGCAUGAGUCAGAUCCUCUGUGUACAUUUCUUUGGAGGAAGCGAGAUGGUACUUCUUGUAACAAUGGCCUAUGACCGAUGUGUGGCCAUCUGCAGACCACUCCAUUACAGCACCAUCAUGGACAGACAGAAGUGCAUCUGGCUCGUUGUGAUAUCAUGGAUUAUUGGAUUUGUACAUGCCAUUAGUCAGAUUCUCUUGAUUUUGGAUCUACCUUUCUGUGGACCUAGAGUGAUAGACAGCUUUUUCUGUGAUAUUCCUUUGGUGAUGAAAUUAGCCUGCGUGAAUACUGAUACUCUGGAAAUCCUAAUAAAUGCUGACAGUGGCAUUUUAGCAACAACUUGUUUCAUUCUCUUGCUCAUAUCCUAUACUUAUAUUCUAUUAACUGUUAAACUUCAUUCUAAAGAUGGCUCAUCAAAGGCACUAUCCACAUGUACAUCCCAUAUCAUAGUGGUUGUGCUAUUCUUUGGGCCCAUCAUUUUUAUCUAUCUUUGGCCAGUCAACAUCACUUGGGUAGACAAGUUUCUAGCUGUGUUUUACACAGUCAUUACACCUUUCCUGAAUCCAGCCAUCUAUACACUAAGAAAUAAAGAUAUUAAGAAUGCCAUAAGGAAGCUAAUAAAUCACAUGUGA